GCCGCCUUCAAGCCAAGCCAAGCCAAGCCUGCACGACCACAUAAUGAUAGAUGGACGUCUUCUCUCUCUUCAUCUCUUCCUCACACGGUUUUCUUGCUUGCUGCCAGCCCUCGAGGGUCGUAUACGGGCUCUGGUGUUAGGAUCUUACGUCUCUUUCUGGGAUAAUUCACAGCAACCUGUUGCAUCCGGCGCGAGCUUAGAACAAGGGAGUGCCCAGCCAUCGAAAAACCUGCAUUGCCCAAGUCAACAUCUCAUCAGACUAUUCUCCUUUUAUAGCCUUAUUGAAGAUUUCAUCACCGAAUAUCAACUCGAACUUCCGACUUUACGGACAACGGACUCCUAUCUGGACUCAUCUGUGACAUCAUCCUUCAAAAGGGGUGGCCGACUGGUCGAUUCACAAGUUCCAGAAAUACAACGCUGGGCCUUUAGUAGCUUGUUCAACAGGUAAGCACAUAUUCCGUUACUCUUGUAGCUUCUUCGUUUCAUUUUCAAAGCUUCGUGGAGUCAACAAUGAUAAAAAUAUACCGCGAGAUAAAGGAAGGAGGGGGGUUUUUUACGUACAUGCACAAAUGGCACUUUUCUGCAGAAU